GGAAAAAUUCAACUUUCUGAAGGGCUGUCGCGACAUGAGUUGCUGCUGAGGGUACCGCAUCUUCGGCGUGCCAGAGAAAUGAACUGAGAACUGAGUAGGAGAGAACACUCGUUUCCUGAGGACGUCUGAGAUUUAAACAGAAACCAUGAGGUUGCAGAGGAGCCCGGGACUGGUCACCGUGCUGGGCUUGAUCACCUGUUUUUGUGCCUUUCAUACGACUACAGCCAUUGAUAUCCCACUGGAGGUUUUAGGUCAUGUAAACAUUGAGCAGCUGCCUGACAUCACAGCUCAGUCGCCCAGCUCUCUCAUCGCCUUCCCUUUUGAUGAGAGCUUCCCCAUGACGUGUGAAGCCAAAGGGAAUCCCGAGCCAGAAUUCAGAUGGACAAAGAAUGGCCAGGAAUUCGACCCGUCUCUAGACCCCCGGCUGAUGAAAGAGGAGAAUUCUGGGACCUUUGUGAUACCCAAUAAUGGGAACCUUACAGAGUACCAGGGAACCUAUCGCUGUUACGCCUCAAAUAAACUGGGGACCGCCAUAUCGAAGGAGAUUGACUUCAUUGUGCCCCAUGUUCCAAAAUUUCCAAAAGAAAUAAUUGAUCCUGUUGUUGUGGAGGAAGGCCAGCCUUUUGUUUUAGAAUGCAAUCCGCCAAAAGGAAUACCUCCCCUCCAGAUUUACUGGAUGACUAUCAAUCUCCAGCACAUAGAGCAGGACGAGAGGGUUUCUAUGGGCUUGAACGGAGACCUUUACUUCUCCCACGCCGUGGAGAAGGACAGCAGGAGAGACUACUGCUGCUUCGCCGCCUUCCCGAGAAUACGAACUAUCGUUCAGAAGACAGCCAUGUCUGUCGUCGUGAAGACAAAAAAAAGUGACAUGAGUCCUGAAAGUGCUAAUGCCAUCCUUGCGAGAAAACCUUCUCUUUUGACGCCCUCUAGUGGCGAAUCAGUGACACAGCUUGUAAAGGGAGAAGACUUGAAACUGGAGUGUAUUGCUGAGGGAUUUCCGACUCCACAGGUUGAGUGGGUGAAGAUGGGUCAUAAACUCCCCACUAAAGCAAAACUGGAGAAUCAUGGGAAAUUGCUGAUUGUGCCCAGAGUUGAACAGGAGGACGGUGGGAAGUACAUGUGCAAGGCAAAGAACACACUUGGGCACGUUGUCCAUUACUUCAGCGUGACAGUAGAAGAGCCUCCUGAGUGGGUGGUUGAGCCUGAGAGUCAGCUCAGUAUGAUCGGCUCAGACGUGCUCAUCAAGUGCUCUGCCACUGGGACUCCUCAGCCGACGAUAACGUGGAGGGUGAACGGUGAACCUCUGCAGGGGUCCUCCACAGCCAACAGGAAGGUGUUUGAUGACACAAUCGUUUUACGUAACGCCAAACCGUCUGACAGUGCAGUCUAUCAGUGUGAGGCCUCCAACAAACAUGGAACCCUUCUGUCAAAUGCGAACAUCAUGAUUAUGAAUCUGCCCCCCAUGAUUUUGACCAGGGAGGGGGAGGAUUACUCUGCUGUGGAGGGGAAAGGAGUGAUGAUGCACUGCAAAGUCUUCAGCUCUCCUCCUUCUACAAUCACUUGGAGCAAAGACGACUCCUCUGAAUCCGUGGAGGGACCGAGGUACACCAUUCACGACAACGGGUCGCUGGAGAUCCUCAGCAUAGAAAAAGAAGACACGGGACAGUACACGUGUCUAGCUAAAAACAAAGAGGGAUCAUCGGCCAUUGACGCCAUGCUCUAUGUGAAAGAUCCCACUAGAAUAGUGGCGGCCCAGAAGGACCUGCAGAUCUUAAUAGGUACCACGGCCCAGCUCUCAUGCCUCGCAGAGUACGACAAGUCCUUCAGCAAUGACUUUGAGCUCCUGUGGGAAAAAGAUGAUAUGGAGAUAACCCUAAACUACACUGAGAAUUCAAGAUACUUUGUGGAGGAUGGUAUUCUGCAGAUUAUCAAUGUAAGCCACAGGGACCAGGGCGUGUACACAUGUGUGGCUAAAACUCCAGUGGACAGAGACUCGGCCUCUGCUCUGCUCAUGGUGUUAGACGUCCCCGAUGCUCCUGAGUACUUGGUAAUGUCUGAACACAAGAGCAAAAGUGUGAAACUGAAAUGGAUCCCCGGGGACGAUCACAACAGCUCCACUACAGAGUUUAUUAUCGAGUAUGAGGAAAGCCAGUGGGAGCCGGGGAACUGGAAGGAGCUGCUCCGAGUACCGGGGAACCACAACUCGGCCGUGCUCAAGCUCCACGGCCACGUCGACUACAGCUUCCGCGUGUCUGGCGUUAACACCGUAGGAAGGGGUCGUCCCAGCGAGCCAUCUGAGAGAUACAAACCGCCGCCAGCAGCUCCUGACAAGAACCCUGAAAAUAUCAAAAUCGAAGGUCAUUUACCACAUGAAAUGGAUAUCAACUGGGAGCCCCUGUUACCCAUCGAGCACAACGGUCCCGGUUUGGAGUAUAAGGUGAGUUACAGGAGACAGGACAUGGAGGAGGACUGGAAGGAGCACAUGGUGAGGAGACACUCGUUUGUGGUGAAGAACACGCCCACGUUCGUGCCCUACGAGAUCAAGAUCCAAGCCAGGAACCAUCAGGGCUGGGGACCCGAGCCCAAGAUAGUGACGGGCUACUCAGGAGAGGACUUUCCCUCUGCUGCGCCUGACGAUGUUGCUGUGGAGGUGAUGAACAGCUCAGUGGUCAAGGUUAGCUGGACGCGUGUACACAAGGACAAGUUACAUGGACAUCUGGGAGGCUACAGGCUAAACUGGUGGCGUCUGCGCAGUCUGGUGGACUCAAAGAAAAACCAUGGAGUCAAACAUACGCUAACGUUCCCCGGGGACCGAAACCACGCCACAGUACCGGGACUGACGCCCUUCUCUGAGUACAGCCUCAUCGUCAUGACCUUCAACGGGCGGGGCAACGGCCCCGGCAGCCACCCCCUCAACUUCAAAACCCCAGAGGGAGUCCCGGAGAAAAAUCCUGUUUUCAGGGUCACAGAUGUACAGAAGCACACAGUCUCUCUGGUCUGGGCCCCGCCGCUGGAGCCUAAUGGGAUUCUCACCGGGUACCUCCUCGAGUAUCAGCUCAUCAACGACACAGAGGAGGUGGGGCCCCUGCAGACUGUAGACAUCAGCAACCCCGACACCACCAAGUGGAUCCUGCGCGACUUGGAGCCUCUGAGCAAGUACAAGUUCUACCUGCGCUCCUGCACCACAGUUGGCUGCGGGCCCAUUGUCAGCGAGGAGUGCACCACCACGCUAGAAACAAGUCUGGCCAGCGUCCACGGAGGAAUAUCCACCCAGGGCUGGUUUAUCGGCCUGAUGUGUGCCAUCGCUCUCCUCACGCUCAUGGUGUUGAUCGCCUGCUUUGUCAACAGAAACAAAGGAGGGAAGUACUCCGUGAAAGAAAAAGAAGACCUCCACCCAGACGUGGAGUCCCAGGGCAUGAAUGACGACACAUUUUGUGAAUACAGUGACAACGACGAGAAGCCACUGAAGGGCAGCCAACACUCACUGAGCAGAGAGAUCAAAGCAGGGGACAGCGGAGACAGCCUGGUGGACUACGGCGACGAGGAUGCUCAGUUCAACGAGGACGGCUCCUUUAUUGGCGAGUACGCCGGGCGAAAGGAGAAAAGGGCGUCUGCUGAGAUCAAAGCCACCAUUCAGACCCCGGCGUGAGGAACGGAACGGCCAUCCAUCCUCUCCCGGACAACGUUUUCAUUAAACCUGCUGCGAGGAACAAAUGAAAGAGGACACAGACAUUAUCCAUACCGAGCACAAGUUUUGUGUCAAAUGUAAUGCGUCAUUGCCAACUGCACACUGCCACCGUCAUUUUAUAAAGCUCUGUUUUGUCAAGUUGCAACAGACGACCAUUACUAAAUACUGUGUAUAUAUAGUGUAUAUUGUAUGUGCGGAGUGUCGUUUUUUUUAUAAUUAUUAUUACACACAAAAUGUAGAGGGCUUGGAUUUUCUUUUUAUUAUGUCCAUUACUUCAGCUGCAGUGCCGUUUGUAGAAAUGUUAGGACAUUUCACUCUCCAUUGCACAUCGUUAUAUGCAGCUCUGCCUCUGAUGUCAUCUUGUAGCAGACCACAGAUACAGGAAGUGGGGAUAUCAAGUUGAUAUUUUUCAAUUGGAGCAUAUGUUACUGACCUUUUCUAUUUGAAAGUGAUUCAUUAAAUAUGAUGUAAGAUGUGUAUAAAGGUUGCCUAUUAACUUAUUUUUUUUUCCACUGGUUUUGUACCUGACAAAGUAACAAUGACAUUUACAUAUCAUAAACAGUGAUUCUAGAGUCAUGAAUCUCCCUGUGAUGUUGGAGAAUAAGAUAAGAAGAAGUUUAGUAUUUUGAUCCAUUGGACAGUUUGAAUUACAGACCUCAGUCUGUGCUUACUGUUACAGCUCCAUUAACUGCUACAGUAUGAAAAUAUCUUGGAAAUGUAAUCAGUUAUAAUUUGCGAUUUAUCUGAUUUUUAGAAUUAUAGUAAACCAAUCAUUUACCUUUUUAAAAAAAAUCUAAAUUUGUAUUAAAACUACCAGUACACUGUUGAAUCCAGUUUAUAGACAAAAUAUUUUACAAUGCAACUCUUUGCCAAUAGCUGGUGCUGCAAAUGAAGUUGCUCUGAAAACACAAUCCACAGUCUUUAUAGGAAUAGUUUGACUUAUUGGGAAAUUGGCGUUGGAAUUUAUACCACUCUCAUGUCAACAGUAAAUAUGUAGCACUCAGUUAGCUUAGCAAUAAGCCUGGAGACCAAGGGUCAACUUACGGGGCUAAAAAAAAAGGAAGUCAAUGCAGAAGUGCCAAAAACUGCAGUUCCGCUAAUAGCCAUUAGAGGCUGGCUCCAAAAGCGAGUCAAUCCACAUUGUCCCCACGUUAAAAUGCCCAACUUUACAGCACAAGUUUACAGCAUGAUGCCAAAGCACAGUUUUGGUCACUAAAGUUAAUUUCUCCAUUUUGAAAAACUGUGCGUUAAGUAAAUUUUUGUAUAACUUAAGUUACGUAUAGUUCAGGGUGUUUCAUAGUGAAUGGAAAGAAUGGCCCACCUUACUCUGCCUUCGCUGCCUCUCUUUGGCUUACCCAGACAUUCUUACAUUAACCCUAACCAUUCCCACUCCUCUUGCCUAUGCCGAACCAAUCCAACCAACAAGAGCAACGAGCACAGGCCAGUCAUAGCAAGGGUAGGAAGGGUCAUUCCUUCGCUAGAAUUUGCAAAUUUGUCUCCUCCGCAGCUCCACCCUUUUGUCUCAAUAUGUUCAAUUCUGGCUCCAGAAAAAAACCCAAGAUGACGACAGCCAAGAGGCCAAACUCCAAGUUUCAAAAAAGGAGCCCAAAAAUCAAUGGGUGAUGUCACAGUAGCUACAGCCAAUAUUUCCAUUAAUCUAUGCUGGAAACACUAGUCGCAAAGCUACAGCUUAGCAGCUGGUUAGCUUAAUUUAGCGUAGAGACUGGAAACAAUAGUCUCAAAGGUUUAAAGAAAAAAAUCUUAUUGGCAAAAUUAUGUACCCCAAAACAGCAAACUAUUCCCAUAAGGCAGUUUUCCACUGAUUUAGUAUUGUAAUUCUAUAAUGUUGUGGGAUAUCUGGUGAAAUAUGUAAAAAGAAAAAAAAGGGUUAAAAACAGCAGCAGUCCCUAGUUUAGCUUGAGUUCCCAGAAUCCUACACCUCCCAUUAUUGAUCUUUCUCUCAUCAG